UCUGGAAUCUAGUCCAGGCCUGGCAGAGAGGAGGCUGUCAGAAAGGUUCGUGGAAUGGACGAAGGAAAGUAAAAUGAGCAAUCAAAGAAAGGAAAAGGACCAGGAGACAGUGGCGUUGUGGAACCCAAGGAAAUAAAGUUCAAAUCAAGUCCAGAGAAGUAAAGUGACUAAUCUGGCUCGUACUAAGCACAGAGCCAGAACUGGAACCAUGGGCAUCUCCAUGGAAGGACAUUCCCCAAGAAGGGCCAGACGUGUGUGGUGCACUACACAGGAAUGCUUCAAAAUGGGAAGAAAUUCGAUUCAUCCAGAGACAGAAACAAACCUUUCAAGUUCAGAAUUGGCAAACAGGAAGUCAUCAAGGGUUUUGAAGAGGGCGCAGCCCAGAUGAGCUUGGGGCAGAGGGCGAAGCUGACCUGCACCCCUGAUGUGGCAUAUGGAGCCACGGGCCACCCCGGUGUCAUCCCUCCCAAUGCCACCCUCAUCUUUGACGUGGAGCUGCUCAACUUAGAGUGAAGGCAGGAAGGAACUGAAGGUGGCUGGAGAUGGCUGCUGCUCACCCUCCUAGCCUGCUCUGCCACUGGGACGGCUCCUCCUGCUUGGGGCUCUUGAUCAGUGCGCUAACCUCACUGCCCCAAGGCGUUAUCCAUUCUCUCAGCCCAAGUUGCUCUGUAUGUGUUCUGUCAUUGUUCACGCGCAUCUUUGCUUGAGGAAACUUCAGCUGCAGAUUGAAAUGUUUCAGGUUGUGCAUUUUGCGUGAUGCAUGUAGUAGCCAUUCCUGAUCACAGAACAGAUUUCUUGUUCGCACAAUUUACACUGCCUUACGUUUACUUAAGCCAGACACACAAGGUGCUCAGACAUGAAAUGUACACGGUGUACACAGAGGGACUUGAGCCAGUUGCCUUUGCUGUCACUUUCUUUCUCAGAAAUUCUGCUGACUUAAAUGAUGUCCUUUUUGGAA